AUGUGGUGUGCACUUUUGGGGACCUUUGAUAUUAAAUACAUGCCUAGGUCCUCUGUCAAGGGUCAAGUCCUCGCGGAUCUAGUCGCAGAAUUCGUUGAACCCUUUAUAGAAACAAUAACAGAGAAGGAAGACAUGGAUGGAAAAUUGGUUGGCAUAACCUUAGCACGGGAAACCUCACGUUGGAAAGUUUACGUGGACGGUGUGGCCAACCAAAAAGGAUCUAGAAUUGGGCUAAUUCUGAUAUCACCCGAAGGUAUUACCAUUGAAAAAUCGCUAAGACUCGGGUUCUCGGCCAUGAACAAUGAAGCCGAGUACGAGGCUUUGCUUCAUGGAAUGAUGAUGGUGCAAAAAAUGGGCGGAAAGACAAUAGAAGUAUUCUCGGACUCUAGACUAGUCAUAGGUCAAGUGAUGGGUGAGUUAGAAGCUAGAGAUGCUAGAAUAAGUGGGAAUACACAUGCGGAUUUGCUGACCACUCUUGCCAUGUCUUCGGCGCAGCAUCUGCCACGAACGAUCUUCGUUGAGGAUUUAUGCAAGGCAAGUUUAGUCGAAAGGGAUACAGUUUGGAUUCAUCAUAUUAGAAGGAAUCCCAGCUGGAUGGAUCCAAUAUUGAACUUCCCCAAAGACGACACAUUACUGAAAGGAAAGCUGGAGGCCAAGAAGGUACGGAGGAAUGCUCCUCAGUUUUGGUUGUCAGGGGACCACAAGCUAUACAGGCUUUCCUAUUCUGAGCCGUACCUACUAUGUGUACACCUAGAGGAAUCUGAGUCCUUACUUGAGGAGUUGUAUGAGGGAAUUUGUGGGAGUCACACAGGAGGAAGAUCCCUAGCACACAGGUGGGGUCUAGAUAUUGUCGGCCCUUUCCCAAAAGCAGCAAGGAAUAAGCGGUACAUAAUAGUCGGCACCGAUUAUUUCACCAAAUGGGUAGAGGCUGAACAUUUGGCCAACAUCAGAGAUGUGGAUGCCAAGAAAUUCAUUUGGAAAAACAUCAUUACAUGCUUUAGAACUCCUCACACCCUCAUCUCGGAUAACGGUCUUCAAUUUGAUAGCAAAAACUUCAGGGAAUACUGCUGCGAUUUUGGGAUCACAAACCGAUAUUCCACCCCUGCCUACCCCCAAGGAAACGGACAAGCGGAGGCCGUGAACAAAGUCAUAGUGAGCGGGACGAAGAAGAGGCCAGAUGAUGCAAAUGGGAGAUGGGUGGAAGAAUUACCACAUGUUUUAUGGACCUAUCGAACGACGCUGCGACGAUCGACGGGAGAAACUCCUUUUUCAAUGACUUAUGGGGCCAAAGCCGUGCUUCCACUCGAGGCAAGCUUCCCCACAUUGAAAUCUAGCACCUUUACCCAGAAAACAACGACGAGUUGCUAA